AUGGACAAUCUUCUGACCCUGUUUGACUUCCUCCCUAUGCGCACCCCUGAAGACCUGUCGACUGCCUACUUUAAAAAAAUAGUGAUCGGCGAUAUCCUUGCUGAGGAUGUCCAACAGCAGGAAGUGAAUAUGUGGAGCAAAACGUUCCCUCAAGUCCAAUCCGGGGGCUACUGGACUUUUACCUGA